CAAAGAGAAGUAGAGCACGAGCACACUUAGCUGUUCAUAUUUCAUAUCGUCCCAGCAAAAAUGGAGAACGCAAGCCAAGGUUUGCCGCAGACCAUCUAUCACGCAGCCCACCCGCAACACCUACUGGUCCUGUCCAUGGAGAGGGGAAAUUUCAAGUGCAACGCCUGCUGCAGAACAACCAACUCACUUUCGUCUUCCCCAUCAUACCACUGCGUGCCCUGCAACUUUCACCUGCACCUGCACUGCUCCUCGUUGCCCAAGUUCCAGCAAUUCAAUAAGCAUGAGCACCCACUCACCAUCGCCUACGCCCCACCUCAGGGGGCCUUCCAAUGCCAGGUCUGUGGCCACCGGGGGGGGAACUACUGGCUGUACAGCUGCAAGCCGUGCCGCUAUGACGCCCAUGUCCAUUGCAUUGAUCCCCCUCCAGAAGGAGCAGCACAGAACACCAGGGGAGGUAAUCGUUCGAUGAGAAAUGCGAUAGCGGGGGGUGUUGCUGUAGGGGUGGGGCAUGCGGUUGGAACGUCGGUACUGCAUUCGGUGACAAAUGGGAAUAAUACAGCAGAAGGUUCGUCGUUGACUGGAGCUGAUGGUGGUGGGGGGGAAUUUUGGGAUGGGGUACUCGACGCUCUUGGAAGCAUCUUAGGAGGCUGAAUAUGUCCAUCUGAUGUGUUUGUAAGUGGUGUUCUCCUCUCUCUCUCUCUCUGUCUUUUUCUCUGCAGGGUUCUGGGCUUUGAAGGGUUGUUUCCUAUAUCUCUAUACAGUUUUCUGAGGAUUCUUUGAAGGGUUAUUUCCUAUCUCUCUAUACAGUGUUCUGAGGAUUCUUUGAAGGGUAGUUUCCUAUCUCUCUAUACAGUGUUCUGAGGCUUCUUUGAAGGGUUAUCCCCGUUGCCUCUCCCUCUUCUCUCUCUCUCUCUCUUGUUCUCUCUCCCAUUGAGGUUUUGGGAGUGCAGUGUAGUGUGUCUUAAUUUUCUUUUACUGUUGGUAGUAAGGGAUGUUUUCUAUUUGAGUGACAAACAUAUAGUCAUUUUAUU